AGAGAUAACCUUCUUGAAUCUCUCUCCCUGUUCUUUCCUUUAGCUGAUGAUUCCGUGGCCUACAAUAGGUUCGCCACAUUAGUCGACUUUUAGACUUUUGAACAUUCACUAGACCAUGCCGUCAGGUAUGAUUGACUCGGCGAUAUGGCUAGAUUGAUAUGACUAGUCGUCAUCAGAUGCAGAAGUAACGACCACAAAUGUCGACGAUGGUGUACCAAGCCGUACGAUGGUCUCCAGGUUCAACUCUACUUCAAACGUGGGAAAGUUGCGAUAUCCGAACUCAGGCCACAUAAGGAAAGAUCUCUAGUAUCGACCGACUUUCACCCAAGUAGUUUCUCUUCCACCGUCCUUAAAGUUGCCACUCAGAUUCCAAGAUUUAGUAUGACGUCUAAUCCGUCGAACGUGUCCAAUUUACCCAAAGAACGACCACCCAGAUUAUCUACGUCGUCCUCACUAUGGAGUCAUCUCUUACAAAACAAAUCACUCCAGUCGGUGUCUACUCCAGCUGUUAGUAACGACAGUAAUAAAGCACCGAAAGCGUUGACCGAAGCAGCACAAAAUACUCGAAUGUAUGCGCCGAUGGUUCCGGUAGACAAGACCGGAACAUCUGCACGUAUAUUGCUGCACGAUACCCAGGCGAAUCUCGAGAAAUUUACCGGGAGAUUGGAGAGCUUGACCAAAGGCUUGGAGGAGUCAAAGAGACAAAUUUGCGCGACCUCUGAACUAUUCGAGCGUGGUCACGAACAUGUGACUGAGGAGAUGGUGUCUAUCGUUAAUCGAUGCCAGGCCGAAUUACAAAAAUCUUUAGGUACACCUGCUCAAAAGGCCAGUCUAGACGAAGUGCAAAAGAAUGUUUCCUCACUCUCUCGGCGCUUUGAUUCGCUCUCAAAACAGGUCGAAAUACUACACUUGCUCAAUCAGACUCAAUCUCAAUCCUUGCAAAUGCUCCAAGAACAACAAGGGCAACUCCUUGCAUCCGUUGUGCCAUUACUACCUCUCUUGCAGGCUCUGCCACUUCAUCUGGACGUCUCUCGGACAAACGUAAAAGAAUCGCUGGAAACCCUCUUUAAGGAUGCUCUUCCUAAGAUUAUGAAAGAAUGUCUCCAUGACACUCUUAAGUCGACUGCCUUGCCUUUAGUUCAACCUGCCACCAAGGACUCUCUCGACCAAAUGGAACGUAGGUGCCGGGAAACGGAGAAAGCUUUUACGGACCUCCGUUUACUCAUGACCUCUAACCAUCCGGCCCUUUUGACUUCUCUCGGCGCUCCUCGUUCUGCAUCUAUUUCUUCUACCUCUCGUUCUCUUUCGCGCACUGGCCGCCAUUCUCGAAAGCGCCGGCGGCUCAAUGUUGAUGAUGAGGACGAAGGCCAGUAUCCGAUGACUCCUCGGAGAAGUUCUCCUCAGAUUCGUCGAACCACGAUGUUGGACUCAGGUCUUUCCAGUGCUAGGGUCGAACAAGAUGAACAUCCAUCGUCUCGGCCUGCUUUAUACCAGGAUACAGCGGAUCCCCUUUCUACCAUCUCGUCUUCAUCUCCCAAUGAUAAGAACCUUGACCAUGCCGCUGCUUCACCUCGUCCUGAUAUUGAAUCGCCGACUUCUCCGGCUCCAGAACCUACUUCUUUGCCCCUCUCGCGUACGCCUUCUUGUGAAAUGCCUCCCGCCAACCAACUUGCUCUCAUUCCUCAGGUUCCCAACUAUAACCUUUCAAUCUUGCCAGAUGCUUCUGAUGCUUCUCAACAACACAGUUCACCAAGAUUUGAUUACUCGCCGACUUCUUCACUCGCUGUCUCAUCUAGUUUCAGUUCAUCUACACCUACGCAAUCGACGAUACAACCUACGUCGGACCCGGAUGCCAAGUCUCUUCCCUCUGUUGGUGCCAUUUCCGGCACGCCUAAGAGUCCUGUUUCUGAGGAAUCUGCGGUUUCAUCUGCUGCUGUGACACAAGUAGAAAGGACUGCCUCUACUACGGACUCAACCAUCACCUUUCAUCCCAACACCACCCAUUUUGAUCGGUCGCGAAGCGUGCCUGCUGUGCCUGCUGUAGCCCCAAACUCCCUUGACUCAAACGGAUCCUCCGAUCAUACCGCUGGGCUUUCGAGAUCCCACCAAUCCAACGCAACCAAUUUUGGCCUUUCCUCUCCCUUGAGAUCGUCGAAGCCUGUAAGUCUCAAAGACAGGCGUGCACACGGACUCUGGAAUGAACACAAUUCGCGUUCCGAGAAGCGGUUUAUACCGUUAGACGAUGACGACGAAGAAGACGAAGAGGAUGAGGCCUUGUUUGGGCUUUUCGGGAGCGGGUAAACUGUAGAGACGAUCCUCGAUGGUGUAUUGUACUGAUUGUUUCUUCUCCUGGACUGCUGGUGCAUUUGAACGUCGGCGUAUUUGCCGGAUUAUUCGACCAACUCUCUGACAGUCAAUCCCGAUGGUUAAUCUGGUACCGAACGAGAGCAUUCAAAAACUACUCACUCAGUACCACACCGUUCUCAAAUCAUCUACGACUCUUCCAAGCCUUUGUUUGAUCUUUCUCGGUACCCGAAGCUCGCAUUCCAAAAAGGUCAAAUGCGACAAUGUAUUUCCUCGCAAGCUGCGUUCUUCUAGGCAGCUGCAUAAUGCCUCAGGAUCGAUAGCACCACCAAUAGCCCGACUGUUCAAAGCAACUUCCAUCUCCUCGAACGUAAGUAUCCACAAACGAGGAAGAAUGAUAACACCGCUAGACAUGUCGCGGAGAGCUGCUGGGAGUUCAACCGAUCUACCGAUAGAGACGGACAGUCUGCCGGUGUUAUUUACAUGUCUUAGGAUGUGGGCGAGAUC